ACCUCGAGCUGCGCGGGAGGGGAGGUGCGGGUGGGAUGGAGACCUUUCGUUCCCCGGGCGCGGUGGGAGGGCGGCAGGAGGCUGAGCCCCGGGGGGUUGUCCCUUGGUAAAUUAACUCGGAUUUAUGACAUUUGCCCGUUCCCCGCCGCUCCUGGGCGGGCUCCCGCGGCGGAAGGGGCGGUGGAAGGGGCGGCGGGAGGCGAUGGCGGCGGGGCCGGAGCUGCGGGAGGCGCUGGAGCGGCGGUUGCGGGACCUGGGCAUCGCCACCGUCACGGCCGAGCACCCCCAGGUGCUCACCGUGGAAGAAAUGAUGCCCCACGUUCAGCACAUGAAAGGAGGUCACAGUAAAAACCUGUUUCUUAAAGACAAAAAGAAGAAAGGGUUCUGGCUGGUGACUGUCCUGCACAACAGGCAGGUCAAUUUAAACGACCUGGCUAAAAAACUGGGCCUCGGCAGCGGGAACCUCAGGUUUGCUGAGGAGAACUCCAUGCUGGAGAAGCUCCGGGUGGGCCAGGGCUGUGCCACGCCACUCGCCCUCUUCUGUGACCAGGGGGACGUGAGGCUGGUGCUGGACGCUGCCCUGCUGGAAGGGGGCCACGAAAAGGUGUAUUUUCACCCCAUGACAAAUUCUGCAACCAUGGGAUUAAGCCCCGAGGACUUCCUGAAGUUCGUGAGAUCAACAGGCCACGACCCCAUCAUCCUACACUUCGAUGAAGAUGUCAAAUAGAGGAAGUUCACUUUUCUACUACUAGACAUAGAUCUGGUAGAGAAAACCUGGUGAAAAUCUUGUUACAAAUAAAAAGAAGGCUUACUCCUUUUUCAUA